GCCGGUCCCCCUCCCCCGACCAUCCUGGUCUGCUUCAAUGAAGCUUUCUUUUCCCGCGAGUUGGAGGGCCGGGCAGCUGCGGUCAGGCAGCUGAAAUGCAAGCGGCCACCGGGCGGCGGCCCCUGUGGCGGCGGGAAGACUUCCAGCCCCCAGCCCUUCUUUCUCGCCCCCUCCUUGGCCUAGAGUAAACAGCCCAACUCCGGCGGGGCUGGGGGCGGGUCGGGCCUGGGGAACUGAAGCCCUUGAAGGCCUACUUGGCCUCUCCGCUGCCCCCAUGUGCUAUGCUGGUACUUUCGGGGUGCUGGUACUUUCGGGAUGAUGUCACGGCCUUUCACUCUGAUGUCACUUUGGGCAUAUGACAUCACACGCAGUUCCCAUGCCCAAGCCCCAGGACCCUCUGGCUGAAACUGAAAACCUCCCUGUGGCGCAACUUCUCUCCCUUGCCCUACCUCACCGGGUUGCGGCCGGCGGGCGCCAGGGGGCGGGACAGAAAUGCCUCGGGCGGGCUAGGCCCCGCCCCAGCCCCGCCUCUCGCCCUCCGGGCCAGGAAGCGCGGAAGGAACCUCCGGGGGCCAUGGACGGAGCUGUGAUGGAAGGGCCGCUCUUUUUGCAGAGUCAGCGCUUCGGGACCAAGAAGUGGAGGAAGACCUGGGCUGUACUCUACCCGGCCAGUCCCCACGGCGUGGCGCGGCUGGAGUUCUUUGACCAUAAGGGGUCAAGUUCUGGAGGUGGUAGAGGGGGCUCGCGCCGCCUGGACUGCAAGGUGAUUCGUUUGGCCGAAUGUGUGAGCGUGGCCCCCGUGGCGGUGGAGAGCCCUCCAGAGCCUGGUGCCACUGCCUUUCGCCUGGAUACUGCGCAGCGCUCACACCUGCUGGCGGCCGACGCUCAGUCCAGCGUUGCCUGGGUGCAGACUCUGUGCCGAAACGCCUUUCCGAAAGGCAACUGGGCUCCUGCGCCUGCCGAAAACCCACCUAAGCUUUCUGCCCUGGAGAUGCUGGAGAACUCCUUGUACAGCCCCACUUGGGAAGGAUCCCAAUUCUGGGUAACUGUGCAGAGGACGGAGGCCGCUGAGCGCUGUGGCCUGCAUGGCUCCUAUGUACUGAGGGUAGAGGCAGAGAGACUGACUCUCCUAACUGUGGGGUCUCAGAGUCAGAUACUGGAACCACUCCUGUCCUGGCCCUACACUCUGUUGCGUCGCUAUGGCCGGGAUAAGGUCAUGUUCUCUUUUGAGGCUGGCCGCCGCUGCCCCUCGGGUCCUGGAACCUUCACCUUCCAGACAACACAGGGAAACGACAUCUUCCAGGCAGUUGAGACUGCCAUCAACCGGCAGAAGGUCCAGGGGAAAGCAGGACAGGGGCACGAUGUUCUCAGAGCUGAAGCCCAUGAAGGAGAGGAGGCAGAAGGGAAGUUGGCUUCCCCUCCUGUCCCCCAGGAGCUCCUGGGCAACCCCCCAGCCCUGUAUGCUGAGCCCUUAGACUCCCUGCGCAUUGCUCCAGGCCCUACCCAGGACUCUCUAUACUCAGACCCCUUGGACAGCACCCCUGCUCAAGCAGGGGAGGGGGUACAGUUGAAGAAACCUCUCUAUUGGGACUUGUAUGAGCAUGUGCAGCAGCAGUUGCUAAAGGCCAACCUGACAGACCCCAAAGAGGACCCCAUCUAUGAUGAACCUGAGGGCCUGGCUGCAGCCCCUCCCCGGAACCUUUAUGAUCUACCUCAGGAACCCAGGGAUGCAUGGUGGUGCCAGGCUCGGGUGAAGGAGGAGGGUUAUGAGCUCCCCUAUAAUCCUGCCACUGACGACUAUGCUGUGCCACCCUCUCGGAGCACAAAGCCCCUCCCAGCUCCCAAGCCCCAGGGUUUGGCCUUCCCUGACCCUGGUACAGCAACUGGCAGAGGCAGUAAGGGGCACAGCUCAGAUGCUAUCCUAUACAGCAAGGUCCAGAAGAGUGGGGCCUCAGGAAGCUGGGACUGUGGGCUCUCUAAAGUAGGGACUGACAGGGCUGGGGUCAAGUCAGAGGGCUCCACCUGAGAAGUAAGGCAGAGCUAGGGUUGCAGAUAGGAGGACCACAGAGGUGGCUCCUGGGAUCAAAGAAACCAGUGGGAACCAGAGGGUGGGAGGGGUCCAUGUGACCAGAGGGAUCAGGGGAGUCAAGGGAAGGACAGGCAAUCCCAGGAAGUCCUAGGAAGUGGAAGAGAUGGCAGGGCUAAGGGAUUGGUUCUAGGGAGGGCAGCACCCCAAACCUAUUUCUUCCCUACAUUCCAAAGAAAAGGACAGCUGCUAGAUCAUGUCUAUGGAAAGGGUAAUUGGUCAGAGGAGGGACAGUUUGAGGGGCCUAUUUGGAAGCUCUAGGGAGAUGCUGGACUGCUUAGAUCCUUCUUGCAUUGUUCUUUGACAGAGAUAUAUUUAAAAAUUUUUCUCAUUAAAACCAUCUUGGGUUUAAGA